AUGGAGCAGCAGAAGCGCAUGGUGAGCAAGUGCCCGGAGAACGAAGAGCUCGCAGCGUACAUGCUACGGAAGUGGCAGGAAAUGGCCGAGCAAAAGCCCAAAGGCAUCUCCGAGAACAUCGAAAUGACUCUUUCUAAGGCUUACUCCAAUGUCUGCAACUCCAAGAACCCUAUUAAAACCCUUAAAGAGUUUUCCCAUAUCAAGGGUGUGGGGAAGUGGAUUCUGCGGCUUAUGCAAGGGUUUUUUGAGACUGGUUCAAGCAGUUCUGAACCAGAAGACUUAACAAAAAAGGGUAAGAGAAACAAAGGAAGCAGGCGCUAUCUUCCACAAAAGAAUUCUGUGGCAUAUGCAUUAUUGAUCACACUUUACAGGGGAACUGAAAAUGGGAAUGAAUUUAUGCGUAAACAGGAGCUUAUUGAUGCAGCUGAAGCAAGUGGACUUUCUCGUGUGCCAAUUAUGCCAGAGAAGGGAAAGGGAAAACUUGGACACUUUGCGAGUUCUGCAAAGGAAUGGUAUAGUGGAUGGUCCUGCAUGACAACAUUGAUAACCAAGGGACUGGUUGUGAAAUCAAGUUGCCCCGCAAAGUACAUGCUUACUGAAGAAGGUAAGGAAGCUGCACGUGAAUGUCUCAUGAGGUCUGGUUUGGCAGAGCCUGUAGAACAAUCUGCUAAUGCCAAAGGGCCUUCUGUUCUGAAUGUGGACAAUAUUUCACAUCAGGGACUUGCUCAUCCGGGCUCAGCCACAGAGGUGACAUUGUUGCCCACUAAUCUAAGUAGGCGGGAGAAACCGUUUGAUAUUCCACGGGAAUACCUUGACAAGUUUAUGCCCAUGGGGUAUUCUAAGGAACAGAUUGUUCAAGCUUUUACUGAAGUUUCAGAAAGUUCCCUUGGCAAGGAAAUGUCUUCACUAUGGCCAUCCGUUCUGUGUCGUCUUCGCGAAGAAGAAAUUUAUGGUUUGCAUUUGAAGUCUCAGACUUUAAGGAAAGAUCUUUGUGCAGAACCAAUCACUUACACGGUUGCAGAUGGUCAUAGAGAUUGUGUAAUGAGUUCUUGCGAUGGUGGACAUGUGGCGAAGAUUAAUUCUGACGAGCCAGUAUCAAAGUCUUUUACGUUCAGAGCUUGUUCAUCCUCUAGUCAUCCUGUAUCGCGGUCUAGGAGAAUUAUUGAGAAUGUUCGUUCUCAAUUCAAAAUCAAAAUAGAGGUUAGGAGGUUACCAGUUGGAGACGGAAUCUGGAUAGCUCGCCAUAAGCAUCUUGAGAGCGAAUAUGUACUUGAUUUUAUUGUUGAGAGGAAGAAUGUUGAUGACUUACGCAGUUCAAUUAGAGACAACCGUUACAGGGAUCAGAAAUUGAGACUCUUGAGGUGUGGGCUAAAGAAACUGAUAUAUCUUGUGGAAGGUGAUCCAAAUACUUCAGAAGCAGCAGAAAGCAUUAAAACAGCCUGUUUCACAACUGAGAUUUUGGAGGGAUUUGAUGUUCAGAGAACCAUUGACUUGGCUGAUACAUUGAAGAAGUAUGUGUAUCUUACUCAAGCAAUAACUCAGUAUUACAAUUCAGAAUUCUCUGAGGAACAAUGUAUACGUGCUGGGGUUUGUCCUCCUUUUGAUGAAUUUGUUAAAAGGUGCCAAGACCUGGAUAAAAUGACAGUCAGUGACGUUUUUGCCAUUCAGCUCAUGCAGGUCCCCCAGGUAACUGAGGAAGUGGCCAUAUCUGUUCUGGAUUUGUACCCAACUCUUUUAUCUCUUGCCCGUGCCUACUCUCUACUUGAGGGCGAUGUCCGUGCACAAGAAGAGAUGCUUAGAACCCAGAGUAACAAUGCCGUCAAUGCGGGUGCUAGUAAGAAUAUAUUUCACUUGGUUUGGAGCAACUGA